AAGUCCCAGUUUCUGGCUCAUGUGGCCACCAGGUUAGACAUGACCCUUCGGCUGCAUGGUCAUCUUCCAGGGAGGAAAAGCAGGGUGCAGAUGAGAGGUUUUAGGGAAAGUGCCAAUAGGCAGAGAAUAAUCGUUUUAGAAUUUUAGAAAGUUAAAGUGAAGUUAAAGACAGUAAACUUCCCUCAAAGAGCUGCAGAUGCACCACCAAAAGAACUGUAAUAGGUUUAUAAAUUAACUGGUUAAUAACUGUGUUGUUGAAUGUCACUGCUAGAUAAUUGGCAGAAAAACAACCUUUAAAUUAGUCAAACCUGAACUUUUUCUCAUAAGACCACAUGUUUCGCACGAGCGUCGCAGAAAAACCCGGGCAGAGCUGCUCUUCUCUCCGAUUCAUCCAGUGAUGAACAACUAUCACACCGUUUCUCGGUCCUGCGUCUCGUAGCUGGCCUCAUUCUGCAGCACAGCCCUUGAUAAAUUGUUUUCAAAGCAACUCAAUUUUUUCUCUAGGCGCUUAUUUUUUUAUUUAUUUUUUGCCGGACCAGAAAUAGGCCAAAUUAAAAAAAACCCAAAACAGUUAAACUUCCUGGGAGGACCAGUUAAAUUAGCUCAAUUAAUACCUCUUUCAAAUAUAAAACCUUCAAUUAGCAUCACAGACAAAUUACUCAGAGCAUUCCUGAAUUUAAAUGAGCACAUUUGACCAUAAAACUCCAGCUUGGCGCAAACAUACCUGAAUUAAUUAGAGACAGAGGUGCUGCACUCUAUUAUGACGAACAAGGAUGUCAGAUGGAGAAGUUGUUUUGGUGGCCUGUUGCUAUAUCUGUCCUGACCCUAGCAUGCCGUACAUACCUCACUAAUGAAUUUAGCAUCCUGACACUAGAUGCUUUAUGUAAUUAAUAGAGCGGAGGGGGGUGCAUGGUGGCAUCUCCGUGCUGCAAGUGGCACGUAGGUAAGACAUUGGCUGCAGCGCAGGAGUUUUAUUUUAAAGCACACAAGAGCUCGGCGGCCGUUAAAACGCUCAGCUAGCGCUGUAAAUAAAGCAGACGCGGCUGUAGGUGGGAAGCCGUUAGCUUCAUCUCGUGGUCGGACUGGUUUCUAAAAGCGUUCGCACGCGGAUGAUAAGUGAUUUGCAGGCUUGUGUGUGACGGUGGCAGGCCGUGUGUUACUAUUGAUAUUAUUAUUUUUAUUUUGUGGCUAAAGUUGCAGUAAGCGUCUAAUGCUAAUGCUAGCGAUGGCGCGCUCCUGCCGGUGUCCUCGUUGUCAGAACCUGAGCGCAGGCGUCCGAUCGGGCCCCGAUCCUCCUCGAUUCCCUCCAACGUAGCCCGCUAAAGAGCAGUGACACAUCGCCGAAAGCUGAUAGAGGCACUCGAGCCAAAAGCUCUCCAUAUAUGCUGCAGCGGAGGACGAGCCAGUGCGAGAGCUGAGGGCCUAGUAAGGGAGGCUUGGUGGAAUGAGCCUGGUUUGAAUAAGCAGCAUGGCUACGGGGAGCUCUGGGAUAGUCACCAAGUGGGCUGAUUAAAGUUGUGAUAUUAAACAGCGCUGCCUGCUGCUGCUGCCUGCCAAGCCUCCCUCAGUGGCAUUUCACAUUGUUUAAAAGGCCUAAUCGGACUCAUCUUGCCACUUGCUGCACAGUGUUGCUUACAUCUUCUUCUUCUUCUUUUUUUUUUUUUUAACGGCACGCUGGAUCAUAUUCUCUCCUCACACCAUUUGUUAGCGGGGUCGUGGGCUGACUUUAAAUAGACUUUUCCUACGUUUCCCAGGCUGCUUUGUGCCGCGGGUCAUCGAGUUCACCCCGGCUCCGCGGAGCUGUCGAUUGUGUUUACGCUUCGACCUUCUAACGAACGCGCGGCGCGCCCUGAGAAUCGCUCAGGCCCCUCUGAAAACGCCACAGCAAAAGUCCCCAUGAAAAAAAUCUGCCGUUGUCAAUGUACAAACGCGAAGAAAGCUGCAUUUACGUGAACGCGUGACCCCGAGGCCGUGUCGAAAGGUCACGCUGCGCCGGUUGCUAGCCGCCGCUGAGCGAAGUGCACUCCAGCAGCCAGCAAAUGCUGUAGUUUGAUCUCAAAAGUUUGGAAUGAGAAAUAGAGAGAUUAGGCGAGAGAGGGAGGAAGGGAGAAAGAAAAGGCAGCAAGAAAAGUGAGGGACUUUUAGGGGCAGCUGUGUUUUAUUAACCCAGUCAUAAUGCCCCUAAAAAUCCUUAUUGCUCUUGCAAUGGUCAACAAAUCUCCUGUUGCAACAUGUAGGGGAUGUCUGAAGGGUGCAGGAAUUCACGUCUGCUGCAGCGCAGGCCCAGAGCACAAGCCAUUGUUUAUGUAUGGGUUACAUAGGUUACGCGGAGAAUUUCAACCUCUGUUCGACACAGACACGCUCCAGAGCCGAGCUGCUGGAGUCGAACGGCGGCCUCCGAUAAAAAAGUUUCACAACGUUUGCCGAUGCAGAUUAGCAGCGGGUUGGAAACGCGAGCGGCUUUAUCUGGGGAUCCGGGAGAUGCUUUUCACGCUAACGGCACCGGCGUGUUCGCCUGCCAGCCACGCCGUCAUUAGCUUUCUGGUGGGUUCUGCAUGCAGACGGCGGAGGACGUGCCGCGUCCUUCGCUGUUUUGACUUUGCAUCGGGAUGCAAGGGGACAGACGGAGAGACGGGCUGGCUGGUGGCCGUGCAGGUCCAGAAAAAAUCCUGGGAGCAGUGCAUCGAGUGCAUCGAGUGGUGGGGAAAGGGGAGGCUUAAAGGCAGGUUGACGAAGACCACGAGGGGAAAACGGCGGAGGUGGAGAGCACGAGGUGAGGAAGGGAACAGCAGGCCACGGAGGACUGGGAGCCAGGCCUGGGUGUGGCGCCGUGGGCCGUCACGGCGGUGUGGAGUGGAGCGCUCCGUGUCGGCGCAUGAGUCACCGGAGGGAGGCUUUUCUGCCGAGGAUCCCCGCGGGAUGGAGAAAGGAAGGAAGAGAAGGAGGGAGGGAAGGACGAAAGGAAGCGAGGAAGGAAAAAUCCCCCUCGCCCCGGAGCGAAGGAGCAAGAGAAUGAAGCGCGCGCGAGGGGAGCGAGGGAAAGUGUGGACGAUGACUCAGGGCCACGAACCACAUGGCGAUGGAGGAGGGAGGGAGGAAUUACUCAUCAGAGCAUGUGGAGUCUCAUAUGGCUAUCACAGGACCGGCAGUGUGCUUCCCUCAUGGCUGCGACUCAGCCGCCACGCAACCGCCGCCGCUCCCUCGGGCCGAAAGACAGCGGCCAUGUUGUACCGGAGAGCAGAGAAUGGGGCGAGGGGGGGUGGGGGGUGUCAGGGUGAGCUGGGGGUCAAAUUCACACCCAAAGGUUCUUUUUUAAAUGCCUUCAUCAAGCAGAGGUGCCUGAGGACGUCUAUUAGAGUCAGAGUCAGGUUUUCCCCUUUCAGCCUGUGUGCGACUGAUAGUGUCAUUCUGGGUCUGAGAGACCAGAGCCGGAGUCGGGCUCGACCCAGUGCAGGGCCCGAAUCAGCACCGGGUUGUGUGAGGCCCGAUGGGCUCAGCUUCAGGCCGUAACAACAAAGUUAAGUUAAGUCACUUCCUUUACAUUUAUAUGUUGGUCCAGCAGCUGCUGUGCAUACGUUCUUUAAAGCCGUGCGUGUUUGACAAAGUCGUAUUGAGUGGCGACAAGACACCGAGUACAAGCUGGAGACCACAUGCUGUGAGCUUCACAGUCAGCAGCUGAGGGAGCGAGAGUCAGGAGAAAGUUAGUGGCAGAACAAACGCUUUGCUUCAUGUGUGUAUGUAACGUGUACACCUGUCGGAAAGCGCUUUAGUGCACAAAGUCUCCUUUUAUUUUGAAAUCCAUAUUCAUCUGAAUGCUGCCAUUAGGGCGACAGCUCUCCAACGCCAGAAAAGCACACGUGCAGUUGGGCUCCUCUCCUUGUUAGUGACUGAAUCAUGUUGGUCCUGUCCACCGGCUCUGUGGGUUCCCACCAGAUGGGAUUAGGCUGGCAUUAAUGGAAGUAAUGAACUCACCUGUAAUGUUUGACCUGAGCUGCAGGCUUUUCUCCACCUUUGCAGAGAAAACGAAGUGACACCUUUAUAAAGUCAGGACUUUGCUUUUGAUCGGAUGGAGCUACACAACUAUGUGUAGUUAUGUAAUCAUGAUGUUUGAAAAGGCUUUAUUAGAUAAGACACAAGUAAACAUAAAAAAGGCUGACUGCAUCUGCUCUUUUGCACAUUAUUCAGCUACUUAGUUAUUUGCACAAAGUAUUUCUCCAUCAUUGCUGACUGUGUCUCCCUCCACUACCUCAUCACUACAAAAGUACUAAAACGGGUCACGUUGUGUGUUGUCAUUCUGUUGCUCUUUAUGUCGUCUCUGCUGUAAAAUUGACUUUUCGUAUAUACAGUCAGGACCAUAAAUAUUUGGACGGAGACAAUUUUUUACUUUUCUUCAAUUGAAUAAAACAACUCAAAUGCAGUUGAAGUGCAGACUUUCAGCUUUAAUUCAGUGGAUUGAACAAAAAGUUUGCAUAAAAAUGUGAAAAACUAAAGCACUUUUUAACACAGUCCCUUCAUUUCAUGGGCUUGUAAGUAAUUGGACAAAUUAAAUUAAGUGAAAAUAAAACGUUCAUUACUAAUAUUUGGUUGAAAACCCUUUGUUGGCAGUGACAGCCUGCAGUCUUGAACUCAUGGACAUCACCACAUGCUGGGUUUUCUCCAUUUGAAUGCUCUGCCAGGCCUUUACUGCAGCAGCUUUCAGUUGCUGUUUGCUUCUGUGCAUUUUUAUCCCAAGUUGGGUCGUUGUCCAAUCAGUUUGACUGCAUUUACCUGGAUCUGCACAGUUAUGUCUCUGAACAGAAUUCAUCGGGCUGCUUCUGUCCUGUGUCACCUCAUCAAUAUAGUAGUUAUUUUGGUUUCAUCUCUCCAGAGAAUGGUUUUACAGAACUGUGCUGGCCUUUUUAGAUGUUUUCUAGUAAAGUCCAAUCUUUCUUUCUGUUCUUGAGGCUUAUGAGUGGCUUGCACCUUGCAGUCUAUCCUCUGCAUCUACUUCUCUUUAUGGUAGACGUGGACAUUGACACGCCUGCCUCCUGGAGAGCGCUGUUCACUUGUUUGGCUGUUGUGAAGGGGUUUCUCUUCACCGUGGACAUGAUUCUGCGAUCAUCCACCGCCGUUGUUUUUCGUGGACGUCCAGGUCUUUUUGCGUCGCUGACAUCACCAGCGCUUUCUUCCUUUCUUUCUUAGAAUGUACCACACUGUUGAUUUUGCCACUCCUAAUAAUGUAGCAAUUUCUCACCUGGUUUUGUUCUGUUUUCUCAGCUUAAUGGUGGCUCGUUUCACCUGCAUGAAGAGCUCCUUUGACCGUGUGUUGUCGGUUCACAGCAAAAUCAACAUGCGAGCAACUCUCUAAUCAACUCCAGGCCUUUUAUCUGCUUCGUUGAUAAUGACAUAACAAGUGCCCACACCUGCCCGUGCAAUAGCAUGGAAGUCAAUUGUCCAAUUACUUAUUAAUUACGAGCCCAUGAAAUUAAGGGAUUGUGUUAAACAAACGCUUUAGUUUUUCACAUUUUUUAUGCAAUCUUUUUGUUUAACCCACUGAAUUAAAGCUGAAAGUCUGCACUUUAACUGCAUCUGAGUUGUUUUAUUUAUUUAUUUUUAUUUCCACUGUGGUAUUGCAAAGAAGCAAAACUAGAAAAAAAAUUGUCUCUGUCCAAAUAUUUAUGGUCCUGGCUGUGACUCAGUCAUGUCUGAGCUAGUUAGCUAACUUGGUGUCGCGCUAAGCUAGCUAGUUCUGUCAAUGUAUGUUAGAAAUCUAUGUUCUAAUUUAUGUUGCAUGUCUGUAGUAGCAUCUUGUCCUGGAGGAACGUUGUUCUAUUUCAUGUACUGAACUGUAUACGGUUGAAAUGAAAAUAAAAGCCUACUUGACUCACUAAGAACGGACUAGUGACUAGCGAGCAGCGAAAUCACACACACAGCAGCAGAUUUUGCCGUUUAGGAUCCAACUACAGGUUCCAGCGUCAGUAAAUAAACACAGAAGCAAACAAAUUCCACUUGCUUCUUUUAAAAAAUAUAAUUGGAUUUGUAAAUAAAUAAUGCUCAGUGCUCAGUACAGUUUAAGGGCUAAUCUCACUGGAAUGGUCAAUAUCAAAGCUGUAGGUGGAGAUAUGAAUGCUUUUAGCUGAGGGGUCACACACACACACACACACACACACACACACACACACACACACACACACACACACACACACACACAUACACUCACUCAUGCUUUUUCAUGGGAUUUCAAUGAGCUCGCUGGUUUUCCACUGUUCUGCGCAGACCGGCCUCCUCACCCGCUGUUUGUCUUUGUGAUUACGCUUGCAUAUACAUAAACAGAGCGGCUAUAUAUACACAUAACAGCGCUGCUUCGUAUUUACUGUGCUGACGUCGGCAUUGUGUGGAACUCGGUGCGAGUAGGAACGCAGGCCUCCUCGUGGCGAGCGGCUCCGCUGCCUGAGCCUGAUGUAAGCCUGAGGAUUUGGGGGGCGGCCUCCUCGCUCCCUCGCCCUCCGCUGACGGGCCGUGUCGGUUUCCAGUUGUUUUCUGGCUAUUUGGGCCCAACGAUGCAUGCUGGCAGACCUCGGCCUCACCCUCGCUUUGCAUUGCAGUAUCCGUCGGAGGCCGAACCCGGCUCAGCGCCCGUGAACCCUGUGUUGAGAAACAAUGAGCUCCGCGGGGCGAUUGGCAGAUGUUUGCUUGAUGCUGCAGAUACAGUCAUGCCAUUGUGUGGAGUCAGCAACCGCGUGCGUGCAUGUGUGUGUGUGUGUGUGUGUGAAUAAGGGGUGAGGAAAAGCUUGUGUUUGCUUUGGCACAGAGGCCGCUUGCCAAGAAAAGGUGCUGCGCUGCCAAAACUUGCCAAAGGAACCUGCAGCGCUGAGCGUUUGAUCUGUCAAACCUCUUCAGUCGACACAAUGGGGAGGUGGAGGCGUUUACCGACCUCGCCCAACUCGUGAGCUAACGCAGUGUGUUUAAGAUAAUAAAAAAUAAUAAUCAGCGUUGAACACGAGCUUCUGGUCCUGUAGCUGAUGGGAUGGAGCUAAUCGGGGGCGCGGCCGAGCCUCACGGCGGCUCUGAUCUUCCUCUGCCGCUCGCUGUGGUUCGCUUGAAGUCCCAUUGUUCGGCCCGAGCCGACGUCCUCCAGUCCGGAGGGUCUCGAUGCCAAGAUCGUCUCAGGGGAUUUCACAAAAAGGGAAAACCAUCUUCCCCAAAACGUUCUUCCAUUACAGAAAAGAGGUUUUCCGCUUCUAUCGAAACCGUCAAUGGAAGUUAUUCAAGGCACUUGGAAAACAUCAAUUGCUGCCUUUUUUUCGGGCUUUACGUUGGCAGAACGAUCGGUCACGGGGACAGCACGAGUCUUCCAUAGCCGCUCCUCGGGAGAAAGGGGGAUUGUGCUUGCGUGCGUGUGCUUCUACGCGCUGGAUGCCGAUGACCGGCGGUGUUGCAUGAAAGCUUUUUUUUUUUUUCCGUCCACGGAGCCCGCGUGCACCCGACUGCUCCGCGAAAUACCAGCGCCCGCAUUGCUUUUCUCGCUGUAACCUUUGGAGCCGAUGCGGACGAGAAAGCUUUGCCUGCCUGCGUGUGUGCGCGUGUGUGUGUGUGUGUGUUGAAUAAAGUGCUAUUUUAUGUUGGCAGCAGAGUGAUGGGAGCCACAGUGUGACAGGCCGGAGCCGACCUUAAACCCAACGCUGUGCCUCUUUGGAACGUCCUUCUCAUUCCUGGGUAUAGCAACAGUGGUCCAGCGUCCGUCUGCCUCGAAAACCAACAGUUUAUAUCUGUCACAUCCACAUCCCAAACACUCAGCCCUGCUUUCAUGCUGCCGUUAUCUGGGUUGACUGGGUUCUCCUGUCAUACUAGGCCGUGUUUGUUCCGAGUCAGUUAAUCAGCGUAGAACUUAUUUUGGGGAACGAGUGAAGAGAGGAGCCAUUAAAGGGACAAGUAACAUGUUAAUGAGGUGUAACGCGAUCACAUGAGCUUUAGAACUUCCCAAUUUGUUACCUUUGGACUGUUUUCUAAGACAGCCAUAAAUAACUAGCAGCACCAUAAUAAUCUCAUGUUCUGUCUGUUUACUCACAUCUGGUGACAUUUCAGACUCUCUGUGCACUCGAUUGUCAAAGCGCCUGUGGCUGUAUUGAGUAAAUGGAGGAUAAAGGCUCGUGGCAGCAUCCAGCGAGCAGACACAGAGGUUAGCGCUCGCGCAACAAGCUCAGAGUCAUUAUCUCACCGGCAGAGACUCGGCGGCAGCUACAGUCGUUUCAUAAAUCACGGCCGCAUAUUGUUGCAAGGGCACGUGUGCAUAAUAGAAAACACACUCCCCUGUUCCCAAAGUUGCGCGGGAGGAUGGGGCGAGGGAGUUUGGAGGAUAAACUCAGCUCAACUUUAUACAUGCAUCCAAAAUCCAAAAGUCCCCACCCUCGUUCAUGUUGGCUCAUAAUGCUCAGUGCACAGCUGAUGCGCUGGAUUAAGGAACACGAGCUACGCUUAAUUGGCCCAAAUGUGAAAAGCUUGAAUAAGCACCAUUUUAUUCAACAAGUACUCUCUGCAGGAAUCAUUAUUGUAAAUGCAUGCAUUAUUUGUUCACACAAUUUCCACUGGCAACUGGAUUUCUCACAAAGAUGAUUUUGAACCUCUACAGGGUGAAUCAGUUAUGACAUCCAACUCAAAAUAAGGUCAAAAAAGUCCCGACUGUAUGUUUCUAAUGGAACUAAAUUAAUCGAGUGUAGCAAUUUCAUUAUUUAUUUGUGACCAGAUUCAAGUUUCCACCUGCGGGGGGGUGUGGAUUCAAAAAUAAAUAAGCAUUUACAUGCAGGGAGGUAACUGCUCAAUUAUUUAAGAUUGUAGAUGUCAGCACACGGGAAUCACUGGGACCAAUAACAAGACUUCACCAAACAAUAGAACAGACACAGGCCUCGGCCUCGUUUUUUCCCCCCAUUUCAUCUAUUUUCCAGUUCAUCGUGCCCGCAAAAAUAUAAUGAAGUUUUGGAAAUGCUGCAGUUUUCCCCGUAGCCUCAAGGUGCGGGCACUCGGGUCAGCAAACAUCACAUUUGCACGACAGCCAAGAGUGUUUUAUUCGGACUUAUGUUACAUUCAAAGGACUUAUUGGGACAGAGUUUGGCAAAGCAGCGCAGAUGUGAAUGCCUUCACUGUCACUUCGGGAGUCAUGUCAACCUCGGCCUGGUCCGGGCUUGCUCGGGCCAGUGACAGAACCCGGGCCCCUCUUUAGCUGGUAAUCACCACGAUAACGGCCCUGUUCUUUGUGAGCGCUGCUUGGCUCCGACUCGGAGAGAUGUGUUCAUGUUUUGCAGGCAUCAAGAAAAUUAACUGGUCACAGUGUAGUUUUCCUGGAAGUCUUUAUGCUUGUUUUUCUCCUUUCUCUGGCAGCCGCUGCACAGAACGCUCAGGAGUGGGUGUAAAUAAGAGGACACGCUUAAGAAGCCCGAGCAGAAAGGCUCGAGUCCCGCAGUGAUGCAGCUUCGUUGCCGGCCUGAAAGUCGACUCAGUGGAAUUGGUUAAUUAAGUUAGUCAGAAAAAACAAAGGGACGAACUACGGCGUGUGUUGUGUUGUCAGGUCACACUGUUCCAUGUCCUAAACAUCUGCAACCAGAUGUUGAAGACUUCACCUUCUGAACCCACUUGUCUGAAAGAUUAACAUCUUGAUGCACGAAAAAAAACCCAAGAAAGUCAGUUUUGUGCUCUCGGAUUUACUGGCAUGGUGUCACCAGUGGAAGUGGAGCUGGGGCAGAGUGGUGCAGAGCUCUCCUCCUCCAUGACAGCCAUUCUACCACAUGCAGGUGUGUAUUUCCCCCUUUCCAGCGCAUGGAACGAAGAUGUUCGCCAUUAACCAAAUGUAGCAACGCGGCUGGAACAGAGCUGCGUUUGAAGCAAAAGGUGCUGCUGUUAAAUACGUGUGUUGUAUCAAAAUGUAAGUCUGGAGCAGGAAAGCGGCUGACGCCACAUUAGAUGGAUUCCUUUCAUGCUCCUUGCUCUCCGUUUGGGCUCCCUCCACGUACAUGCUUGUGCUCAGGGAUGCGUGAAUAACCUAUGACCUGAGAAUCCAUACAGUACACGUAUGUUUGAGGAGCUCAGUCAUGUGUUACUUGUCCUUCCUGUACAUUCUACCAUGUUAAAAACACACACGCUGCUCCCAUCCACCAGAAAGCAUUGUUUUAAAAGCUGUUGCAAACCAAGCCACGACAUGUUUUCCUACGGAGGAUCAAGGCAUGUGACACGCUGUAACCGAAUGCGCUUGGUUCUGCUGGCCGUAGGUGUUGGUUCCCACUAAUUAGCCUGCAUGUCCAUGAGAAGUUGCCACAGCCUCAGUGCAGGCAGGGAGGGAGGCAGGAUGUUUUUGAUGAAGCAGUGGGCUUAAUUUAGGCCCAAGCAUUCUCAGUAUCUGUCACCUAACUCCCAAUGAUCUCAGCAUACAGUACGGGAGGUGUUCGGUGUGUGUGUGUGUGUGUGUGUGUGUGUGUGUGUGUGUGUGUGUGUGUGUGUGUGUGUGUGUGUGUGUGUGUGUGUGUGUGUGCGUGUGUGUGUGCGUGUGCGUGGAGAGGAAGAAUAUAAAUCUAAGAACUGCAAAUCAACACUUUUCCAGCCUAAUAAUGUCAGGAUGUGCCUUGUUCCCUUUUGACUUAGUAAGUUAGUAACAACAACAACGGUAAUAAUGAAGAGUGGUGUCCGUUUCUUCCUGUAAAGGAACUGGCUCAGUUGUGGCUCCUGCUUGGCCAUAAAAUAACCAAGCAGGCAUGGGCACUGCCAGCAAAGCAUCUAAAGCAGAUGACGAAUGCCAGCAGCUCCUGCCAAGGACUUCAGCCUGCACCCAGUGUUCUCCUCCUGGUACGCGGAGAAACGUUCUGCCUACUUCUCUGAAUUACACAAUUCUCGAGUGCAGGAGAACUGUUUUCAUUCAAUGAGCGGAGUCUGCUUUUCGUGAAGCUGCUCAUCCUGGUUCUGAGGCGUCUCCUGUUGUGCGGCGGAACUUUUGCACGUGUUGAUCUGUCGAUGGGAGCGAGUGAGAGGCUCUGGGGGCGCUCCGACCUCGAGCCGCUGGCCGUUUUAAUGCAGCGAAUGGGGAGAAGGAAGGACCACACAGUGGCACAGUCAGAUCAGGUUGUCGGGGACCAUAUUUAAAAUCUGGGUCAGAGUCCAGACCAUAACCUCUCAUUUUCACACUCACAUGCACUGUAGAACGCAAUAUUUCCCAUUUCACAGGAAGCCUCUUCAGAUCAGGAUCAGAAUCUAUUAACAGUGGUUCGUUUUUAACUUGAGGAAUAAACACCUCCAAUGCAGGUCCAGUGGCAGAUGACGGAGGGUUAUGACUGUUUAAAUGAGCCUAUUCAGUCCUCAUUACUUUUAUGAAUGACAGGCACAUUUAUGGUGCAUGUGUUAUAAAAGUAAACUAAUUAUAAUUAACAGGUUUUACCAUUUUGCAUGAAAACCUGGUUGUUUUGAUUUGUUGCAUUGGCUUAUGUCUGAACAUCCCAGUGUUUCAUUCAAUUGACCCUCUGUUGCUAGUGGUUCUAGCUUUAUACAUCUGGCUGCCUCCUAUGACUGACAUGACUACAUGUUCAAAUGACAGAGUCUCCAUCCACCUUUGGGAACAUCUGGCACAUUACUGGCAUCAAAACAUCACAUGACCCCUUUAAUACCAAGGAUCCCCUUCACUUGAGAGGUUCUGUACCGGUUCUGUUCUCCCCAGCGUACAGCCAUUCAUCAUGCCGACAUGACAGGCGCCAUGCAAAUGCACUGGCAGGGGCGUCUGUGCCGCUGCUGAGGAGCCAACAUGGCUGCCAGCAAUAAGACACAAUGACAUUGUCCUGUUUUCCCGCUGGAGGCCCCCUCCAGCGGCGCUCGCUCCGGUGCGACGUGGAGGUGGGCCCGAAACCACCGGUGGAGCUGCUGUGGAGCCCUGCUGAGACCUGCCAGAGCCAGCGCUUUCCCUGCCAGGGCCUCGGCCUGCAGUCGGAGCAGCAGUGAGAAGUCGCAUGCGCCAUCUGGUCGGAGCGCCGUCGUAUGGAAGUUACUUUUAGCGCUCACGCAAUCUGUGGAGGAGUCGGCUGCGGGUUGAAAGCGAUCCGACGCCAGGAGGACCAGGAGAUGAAGCCACGCUUGUGUUUUAAGCGCUCGGCGCAUUGAUUCAUCGGAGAAGUAGGCCGAGGCUAAUGACUUAACCACAUCAGCCCUUUUUUUUUUUUUUUUUUUUUCCUUGUGUGUCGUUCACCCUCCCUUCAGGCACCAACCGUGGCGAGAACACGAUAGCCAUGGCUGCAGCGAGACCGGAUGAAGCCAAUCCAGUCACUGUGUGCGUGGAUCAAGUCGCUCUGAGCUGGUGCCGCUCCAAGGAACCAACAGGAGCCAAACCUCCCGAGGUCCUUCAACCACAUCACACGGCCUGCGAGCCUGCUCGGCCAGAGCUGCCUCUUCUCGUCCCACACGACGGCGUCCUGGUCGCUCGCUGGCCGCUCACCAGGCCGACGCUCCAGUUAAAGGCCACAGCGCUUCAGUCAGGAAGCGGCAACACACCAGAUCGUGUCUGUCAGCUGAGAGGUUUAAAAUUAGCAUCUGGUUUUCCCCACUUCGAAGAAUGAUCAUGUUUAGGUCUGUUAAUUCAUCUGAACUACAAACACACACUCCUAGUGCCUGUUAAUGUCAGAAGCACUGAAUACUCAGUUAAGUACAUAUGCAUGUACUUAACGUGCCCUAACUUGUGAGUAAUGGUUACAUAUAGUCAGCAUGUUGAUGGACAGAUAAACGCCGACAGUGAUGGAGAGCAUCUCAGUAACUAGUUGAUGUAUAGAACACAUCACAGGUCUGGUAGGAACCGUGAGGAACGAGCACUUUGUUCCUUUUAAGACCUGGUGUGUUUCUCAUGUGUAACCUGACCCUCAUAAAACAUGUCUCCUCCUGGGAA